AUGGAACCGGCCAGACGUAGAUUCAUGUCUACCCCACUGGGGGUGCGGGAGCGAGAGAGAAGCGGGACUUCUCUGGUGAGACUGAAGGAGACAUUGUUCGGCCGUCGCCUAGCAGUAUCUCAAAGUUUGUACAAGAGAGAUCUCCGCGGACACUUUGGCUGUGUCAACGCCAUCGAGUUUUCUACUGACGGCGAGCUGAUCGCAUCUGGUGGCGAUGACCGCAGGCUGUUACUGUGGAACAUUGGACAGACAAUCUUUGAUGAUAAAGCCCCCCAGGUGAUUGAUACCCUGCAUGUCAGCAACAUCAACACCUGCUGCUUCGAUGCAGGAAACAAAACUGUGUCUACAGGAGGCAACGAUGGUCAAGUCAUUGUCCACGACAUUAACAUGCGACAGUCGACUGCUGUGUACGGUCUCAGCGACGCUGUUUACUGCCUAUCAGCUGAUCCAGUCAAUGCCACCAUCAUUGCCACGGCAACAGAUGAUGGCAAGGCACAUCUGAUUGACUUCCGGAUGUCUAUUGACACAGCCCCAUUUGUGCUGGCUGACUUGAGCACGGCCAUGCACUCUAUCAUGUUCAACCCUGCAGAGCCUCGUCUUCUAGCAACUGCUAACUCCAAACAUGGCAUUGGCCUCUGGGAUGUCCGCAUGCCUCUCAAGUGUUUGCAGUACAAGAGCAAUGUCCAAAACUGUAUGAGUGUGCGGUUCAACAGUCGAGGCGACCAGCUGCUGGCCCUGCGCCGGCGCUCCUCUCCGGUUCUAUUUGACAUUGCUAAACUACACCCAAUUUAUGAGUUUGACUACAAGACCUACUACAACGCCUGCACCCUGAAGAGUUGUAGUUUUGCUGGGCUCAAGGAUGAGUAUGUCAUGUCAGGCUCUGACGACUUCUGUGUCUACCUAUGGAAAAUCCCCAGUGACAUUUCUGAGAACUACAUUCAGUCACAGCCACACAUGAUACUGAAAGGUCAUCGCUCUAUCGUCAAUCAAGUGCGCUACUGUUCCCACAACCAGACUAUCAUUUCUUCUGGUGUGGAGAAACUCAUUAAGAUGUGGAGUCCCUACUAUAUCCCAGGAUGCACUGGCCACCUGACACACAGCCGUCGCUACGGUGAUGAUGAUGAGAUAGAACGUAAUGCCUACAGCCACGAGGAGUACAUCCACAUGGUGCUGCAGGCAGGCAGCUUCCUGUCCCAUGACUACACUAACGGCAGCAUGGAAGAAGAGCCGUGCAUGAUUGCUUUCUUUGACAGCUUGAUCCAGAGGGAAGUGGAGCAGACUGUGCAAGGGGAGGAUGCUGAGGUGCAGGAGAGUGAUGACGACCUCACAGGUCAUGAUGCAGGUAGUGACGGUGACCAAAGAGAGGCCGAGAGACCUGGUCGGAUCAGAUCCCCGAUUGAUGGUGACCAGCGGACAGCUGACACCCCCGGCAAAGUGAGACCACCUGGUGAUGUUGUUUCUGAUCGUGAGGAGGUGAACAGUUCAACAGCCAGCGAGAGUGAAGAUGCCAGUAACACCCGAGACACCAGCCUAAGCUCGUCCAGCCGACUUGAGGACUCAUCCAGACCUUUUUUCAUGGACCUGGAGUCGUCUUCCGACAGCGAGGGAGAGGUGGACGUUAUUCUGAGUGCUAUGUACACCAGGUACAUGUCGGCUAGAGAACGAGCUCUCAACUCCAACUUGAGACCCACUGGCAAGAAGAUUUCGAGUGUCAUCGCUAAAGGCAAACAGAGAGACCGUAGCCUCCAGAAGCAAGCCAGGACACGCAAGCGACAGAGAAUACGUAAGAAUAUUACCAGUCUGAGCAUACUAGCCGACGUUAUAGACACGUUUGUGGACAACCUGGUUUCCACGGAACCCAGCAACAGUCGAACACUUAGUGACACCAAUGAUGGCCAUCUGAGUACAGAUUCUGACAGCGACAACAGCUCCACACCGGUCGAGGUGAUUCACCAGACCAUGACCUUAUACACUGAUGACACUUCAUCUGUCACAGCAGUUCCAGCCUUGUCACGGCCAGCAACCACAAAUGACAGUGCUGUUGAUAUGCCAGUUGUCCCACUCGGCCUUGAAUCUGGCAUGUACUUUAUGCCAGAAUUGCAAGCUUUUGCCCCUGAAUCUUUCAACGCUGUUGCCAAUUUGGCUAAUUUGCCAGGCCCCUCCCGCAGUGGUAAUUUUAGGAGAAAUAACACACCACUGGACACCUCAUCACAUAAUCACCGGAGGAGAUUGAGGUCAAAGCCACCAUCUGAAACCAGCCAUGGCCAUACCUUGAACAGUUCUGCCCCCCGCAGUGCUGCUGGUGAUCCUGUCUCUAAUGGUUGUAGCAGUAGUGGUAGAUGUUGCAGUAGUAGUGGUAGAUGUUGCAGUAGUAGUGGUAGAUGUUGCAAUAAUAGGAAUAGCAGCAGUUCUGGUGGUCAUCAGUUCAGCAGUAAUGAGAGGAGUUCCAGCUGCCCCACAGACUUGGUGCCAACACAGGUAGGCCCUGCCAGCAGGCACACUGGAUGGGAAGUGAGCAGUGACCUAGUAGAUGCAAGUAGACAGGGAGCAGACAGGCAGCAUAUGCGAGUGUCUUCAACAAUGACUGAUGACACGGGGUUGCUAGGGGAGACAUCUCAGCAUAUGUCUGCCUCUUUAACAAUGACUGAUGACACGUGGUUGCUAGGGGAGACAUCUCAACACAACCAGUGCCCUUCGUCGUCGUCAUCCUUCAUAACAGCAGCCGGCUCCCAUCAUUUGGGGCCCUGGUGGUCAUCAGCUAGGACAGCUAGAACAUCCACGGAUGUCUCAUCCAGAACAUCUACGGAUGUCUCAUCCAGAACAUCCACGGAUGCCUCAUCCAGAACAUCCACGGAUGCCUCAUCCAGAACAUCUAUGGAUGCCUCAUCCAGAACAUCCACGGAUGCCUCAUCCAGAACAUCUACGGCUGUCUCGUCCAGAACAUCUAGGGAUGCCUCGUCCAGAACAUCUACGGAUGCCUCAUCCAGAACAUCCACGGAUGCCUCAUCCAGAACAUUUAGAGAUGCCUCGUCCAGAACAUCUACGGAUGCCAACUGCAACAAGCCUGUGAAAAUACAGUUUAAAAGAGCCAAAGUUGUGGGAAGGAGAUUCCGAGUGCACAGAUGUGAGCCAAACUCUUCUAGUGAUGAAGAUAAAUAA